GUGCCAAAGCCCAGCAGCUGCGUUCUUUGUUAACCAAAACCCUAGAUACGGGGCGUCAUCCCUGCUUUAUAUUUAACGAUCCAAAACCCUAGUCGCCAUUCUCGUUUCCCCCCGCAGCAGUUGAAGAUGUCGAAGCGAGGACGUGGAGGUUCCGCUGGGAACAAGUUCAGGAUGUCACUGGGUCUGCCAGUGGCAGCCACGGUCAACUGCGCCGACAACACAGGUGCUAAGAACCUGUACAUCAUCUCCGUGAAGGGGAUCAAGGGUCGAUUGAACCGAUUGCCAUCUGCUUGCGUCGGUGACAUGGUCAUGGCCACUGUGAAGAAGGGGAAGCCUGAUCUGAGGAAGAAGGUCAUGCCUGCCGUCAUUGUUAGGCAGCGCAAGCCAUGGCGCCGAAAGGAUGGUGUCUUCAUGUACUUCGAGGACAAUGCUGGGGUCAUCGUCAAUCCGAAGGGAGAAAUGAAAGGGUCUGCUAUUACUGGUCCCAUUGGAAAGGAGUGUGCUGAUCUAUGGCCGAGAAUUGCAAGUGCUGCCAAUGCUAUAGUUUAACCUUGCCCUGCUUUUGUUGUUUGUUGAUUUUGGAACCUAGUCUUUAUUUCAGAGUACCUGUAGGUGUGUUUGUGGAACUUGGAUUUUGUUUCAAGUCUGAUGAUCAGAAGUACAUUGAAUUUUGUAUGGGAGAAGUUGAAGGGUUUUUUCAUGUUUACCGCGUUAGAUGUGCUUUCUUCCCGUGAUCUCUCAAUAAUUUGAUCUCUUCCCUAGAAUUUUGCUUUCUUCCCGUUCAUGGAUAUCGCAAUUUACCCUUUUCGCGAAUAAGCUCGACCAUUGAUCUCCCCAGAAUUUACUAAUGGCUAUGUGUCCUGAUGGAAAAAAAGUUCUGUUUUUCUUGCCCUCAUUACAUGGAAACAUUGGAACACUCUCUCCCAACUGCUAUUUUUCAAACACCUUUCCCCUUACUCCUGCAGUUGCGGAUUGGAACAUUCUUCACCAACAUGGGAAACACCACGUAUGGUUAUCAUCGACCUGAAAUGGGUUGCAGAUCAGCGUACAGACCUACUGCGCGAACUGGACGAUGAACGCCGAGCUCCACAACAUCCGCGACUUCAAGGGUCGUCCCAGAAGAGUGCAUUUACUACAUCAGCAACUUCGUGACAUCGGUUCAGUAUGACAACGAUUCACAUAGAAGAGUGCAUUGUCUACAUCAGCACCACCUGCAACUUCAGGAACGAUGGCA